AUGACGAGUUUGGAGGAUGUGCCAUCCAUAUUCAGUUCCAAGUACCUGGGAUUCCUGGAUGCCCAGGACAAGCUGUUUGAGGAGGAUGGAGGCUUCCGGUGGUGUCUGGAGAACGAGGAAGACCAGAUAACUCUCCUGAAUCUGCAGGAUCAGUUCCAACCAUUCAGAGAUGUUGUCGAACUAGUCAGUGGCCAGAGAUGGAAGGACAUCAUCCAGGAGGAGCAGCACUUUAAAGGGACACUCUUUAGGUUUCCUCUGCGCAGUGAGGCCUCAGAGAUCUCAGAUAACCUGUAUGACUACCACAAAGUAGUUCAGCUUUUCGAGAGCUUCAUUGCAGAUGCAGACAUAAUCCCUCUGUUCCUGAGGAACGUGUCAUCAGUCUGUUUGCAGCACAUUAACACGAACGGAUCCGUCAACACCCGACUCUCAGUGACCUCAUCCAGUCCCACAGCUGAUCCAACUCUGAAGCCCAGGAGUGAUUCAAACAUCAAGGGCUCAACCUGCUUCAAAACCAUCGCCUAUACCUCCAACAAGGAGGAGACAAAGACCAGGUGGCUUGUGACAACAUGUUGCAUGAAAGACGGAAAUGUACCAAAGCUAGAUUCACUUGCCAAGAAGCUAAGUUUCCGCCCUCAUGUUGACUUGGCGUUUCCGUGUGGCCAGCUGCUUCCUGCCCCUUCCUAACAACGACUCCAACAAGACUGGACUCCCGGUCCAUGUGAAUGCCUGCUUCGGCCUCACUGAAAACAGAAGACACAUCAAGUGGCAGGAGGAAGACCAGAAGUAUGAUGAAGCUGCAAUGUGGAACGAGCUGCUGGUGAAGGAGGUUCUCCCUCACACAUAACUCCUGAUGCUGCAGGAUGCCACCAACCUAGCCAAGACCACCACACUCCCCGUCUCAGCUGUGUAC